UGUUGCUUAUGUUGCCAGAAGGGAUCUCGCUCUCCAUCCAUGGUUGUCCUCAGGAUAAGAAAUGUGCACAAAAGGAAAUAUGCACUCAUCUGCCUGUGCAUUGCUGGAUUCAUCAUGUACAGAUAUCUUGGCAUGUCGGGAAGGGGGAGGAGGAUGAGCCGAAAGGUCGGCUUGUGUGCCAACACGUCCCAGUUCACCCUCGAGGGAGAGCCCUUCCGCAUCAUUGGGGGAUCCAUCCACUAUUUCCGUGUGCCCAGGGCCUACUGGAGGGACCGCCUGAUGAAGAUGAAAGCCUGUGGGAUUAAUACCCUCACUACAUAUGUGCCGUGGAAUCUGCACCAGCCGGAAAGAGAGGUUUUUAGCUUCCAGACACAGCUGGAUUUACAAGCCUAUAUCAGUCUUGCAGCCGAGAUGGAACUGUGGGUGAUUUUGCGUCCAGGACCCUACAUUUCCUCUGAGCUGGACCUAGGAGGACUGCCGAGCUGGCUCCUCCAAGACAGCAGCAUGAGACUGCGGACGACGCACCCAGGGUUCAUUCAGGCUGUCAACACUUUUUUUGACAAGCUGAUACCAAAACUGGUUCCAUUGCAGUUCAAGAAAGGAGGUCCAAUCAUUGCCGUGCAAGUGGAAAACGAGUAUGGCUCCUUUGCAAAGGAUCAGAGUUACAUGCUUUUCAUUAAAGAGGCUCUGCAAUCCAGAGGGAUCAGCGAACUGCUGCUCACAUCAGACAAGCACAAAACGUUAAAGUCUGGGGGUGUGGAUGGAGCCCUCAGGACAGUGAAGCUUCAGAAGCUAAAUCAGAGAAACAUCCAGGAGCUGACUGCUAUCCAGCCCAACAACCCCACCAUGGUGAUGGAUUACUGGACCGGCUGGUAUGAUAUCUGGGGAGAGCUCCACCAUGUGCUGCCCCCAGAGGAUAUGGUAUCCACUGUAAGGGAAAUUCUGAGGAGAGGCAUGUCUGUCAACUUGUACAUGUUCCACGGAGGAUCCAGUUUUGGCUUCAUGAGCGGAGCACUCGCCAAUCCCUCAUACAGAGCUUUAGUCCCCAGCUAUGAUUAUGACGCUCCUCUGUCUGAAUCUGGGGAAUACACUUCAAAGUACCAUCUUCUCAGGGAUUUACUUUCCCGAUACAAAAACAGUAAGAAAAACACGAGAUAUGCAGCACAUUAUUUUAUUCAGUUACUGACCUCUUUGCCUCUCUCUGCAGCAGGAGGCUCUGACAGUCUCCCGGACAUGCCAGUCCUGCAUUACAGGGAGGCUUAUGAACCAGCCAUUAUGUACCAGCACCUUUCAUUAUGGGAUGCUUUAAGCUUCACAGAAGGACCAUUUAAGUCCACCAAACCAGUAAACAUGGAAAAUCUACCCGUGAACAACAGAAAUGGACAGUCCUAUGGCUACACUCUGUAUGAGACUAUCAUCACGAGGGGAGGGCUGUUACAGUCAGGGGACAAUGUCAGAGACCGUGCCCUGGUGUUUGUAGACAGAAGCUACAUUGGCCUUUUCAAGCACCAGAGUCUGGAGCUGGCGGUUCCUGAUGGUAAGGGACGUCGUACCUUGAGUUUAUUGGUGGAGAACUGUGGACGAGUUCACCAGGGAAGGGAGCUUGACAAGCAACGUAAAGGACUAGUGGGAGACAUUUUAUUAAACAAUAUCCCCUUGAGAGAUUUUACAAUAUACAGCCUGGAUAUGAAACCCAGCUUCCUUGAUAGUCUUUAUCAAGCACCCUGGAAAAGUCUUUCUGAAACACCCAGCUUCCCUGGAUUUUUCAUGGGCAGACUGUUUGCAUAUGGGUAUCCAAGUGACACGUUUGUGAAGCUGCCAGGCUGGGAGAAAGGUGUUGUGUUUAUCAAUGGGUUGAACCUUGGGCGCUACUGGUCCAUUGGCCCCCAGCAGACUCUCUACCUCCCAGGUCCUUUUCUCAAUAGUGGAAUCAAUCAGGUCAUUGUGUUUGAGGAACAAGAGGGAGACUUCAAGGUCCACUUUGAGGAUCAGGCUGAUCUUGGCAUGGCUGCUGACAUCCAGUGACCAACAUCACGUCACAAUUCCAAUGUUUGUGUUUAUGUGUGUAUGGAUGUAAAAUUUGCAUUUCUUUUGUAUUACUAGGUGUUUAUCAUAUCAGGAGGAAUUGAAAUACAGGGAAACAAUAAAUUCUGUCAAAUCCAAUAAAUUUCACCUACAUAUAUAUUGGGGGCUCAUUCGGGAUUCAUUUUGAAUAUGGCACAGUUUAGUCUGGUAGAUUUUAUAGCUAAUCCUACUUUAUAACAGCUUGAUGUACGAAGGAAAUAUGAUUUAUGUGCAGUUGCCUCACAUUUUGAAAUCUCUGUGUCUAAAUCCAUGAAAAGCGAAUUUAGAACUCUGGUGAAAUG